AUUACCUUUCUGACUAUAUUGACUUGAAUUACUAUAGAUGGUCAUUAUAGUUAUUUUUACCUACUCAGUAAAAUCAGUCGAUUCGGCUAAUUUUGAUGUUAUCAAACGGACUUUUGUGAAUCACAAAAUAUAUUUCGGUGAGCAUGUAAACAACAUUAGAAGAUAACCUAGAUAAAAUCAUUUGAAUUUGUUUAAUUUGGUUGGAUUUUUUCGAUUUCAGUUCAUUUUGAUUUUAAUAUGAUUUGAAAGAAAUACAUUUAGAGGCCGUUUGAAAUCACCGUUUUUCGGCGUUAUCAGGCUUAUCAACCAAUUUUUUCACCAAAUACGUAAUUUUUGCUUUCGCGUGCUGAAUUGUGUAAUAAGCAGAAAAAUUAAGGUUGGAGUUACUUUUCUAGCUGUAUUAGCUGAAGUUACUGUAGAUGAUCAUUUUAACUAUUUUUACAUAUAACUUUUUCUUUAUUUUAUUAAUAAAAUAUAUUUUAAAAAUAUUUUUUCCAUAAAUCAGUAGAAUCAGCUAAUGCAGCCACUUCAGCCAGAACUUCAUAAAUUUCAGCAGAAUAAACUAAAUCAGCCGAUUUUCGUGCUACCAAACGCGCUCUUAAAUUCACACAAAUUUAAUUCUAAUUCGGUUUGAUGUGAUUGAGUUCGAUUAAAGUCAUUAAACCAAACUCAAAUGGCCACCUUUACUCCCUAAGCGGUAGCUGAUUAACUCCAAUACAUCAAUGUCUAACCACUAGUUAGUGUGGUAGAGUUGGAUUGCAGCCUUCUAGGCGUUCCAGUAAGCUCUGAAGCGGUGCGGUGCGGUCCGACCCGAACCGGUUCGGACCCGGACUUUAUGUUUGAAUAGUUAUCCCAUUCAUAAAAUUCAUAAAGACAGACCGGUACUGAAGGGAUCGAUCAAUCUUAUAGCCUGCAGUCAUACCAGUUUAUUAUUCUUCGAAUUUCGGGUGUUUUUUUGCUAAUCGAUUCAUACCUGGAAAUGGAAGAGCAUGGGGAGCAUCAGGGUCAGCACGAAAGAUCGUUCCUGGGGAAUAUAGCUGAGAAGAUUCACCAGAGUGGCAGCUCUUCUUCCUCCGAUUCUGAAUCUGACGAAAAGCCCGUGAAGUCUGAGGCGUCACAUUCAUCCAAAAACGCUAAGAUUUGGCGGUUUUUCGGCCGGGAACGACCGGUUCAUAAGGUUUUCGGUGGAGGCAAACCUGCUGAUGUGUUUUUGUGGAGGAACAAGAAGAUAUCUGCUGGACUCCUUGGUGGAGUUACCACUAUUUGGGUUCUAUUUGAACUGCUUGAGUACCACCUUCUAACACUGGUCUGCCAUGUCUUGAUCAUUGCUCUUGUAGUUUCGUUCUUGUGGUCCAAUGCAUCAUCCUUCAUCAACAAGUCUCCUCCCCGAAUCCCUGAAGUCCACAUUCCAAAGGAUCCAUUCAUUCAGGUUGCUUCUGCCUUGAGAAUUCAUAUAAACAGUGGUUUGCAUUUACUACGAGAAAUUGCAUCCGGAAGAGACCUGAAGAUGUUUCUUGUUGUAAUUGCUGGUUUAUGGAUCCUCUCAGUUAUUGGCAGUUGGUGCAACUUUUUAUCAUUGUUCUAUAUAUCGUUUGUAGCACUGCACACUGUUCCUGUGAUAUAUGAGAAGUAUGAAGACAAGAUCGAUCCGCUAGGGGAGAAAGCGAUGGUGUGGGUGAAGAAGCAAUAUGCAGUGUUUGAUGAGAAAGUACUGAGCAAAAUUCCUAAAGGGCCAUUGAAGGACAAGAAGAGGGCAUGAGAAGAGUGCAGCAGGUUAACUAUGUGUAGUCUAUAUAUAUAAUCGUGUGUUUGUGAUUAUAUGAUGAUUUGUUUUUGGGGUUCUUCACAUAUGAUGAAUUUAGACAGAUUUGACGUAGUUAGCGUUUUGUGUGUGUUUCUUUGAAGUAGCAUACAAAAUCUCUGUUGUACUAUGAAACUUGAUGAUAUCUCGCGCUCCAUAAUGGUCAUGUUUUUAGUUGAACUGCUUUCAUCAGACCAGAUUUGGACAGUCAUAAAACGUACACGUACAGAGGCUAUACAUUUAUUUUAGAUCUGACCAGGUUAAAAAUUUCAGUCUAAAUAAUUUUUAUUUU